UUUCUUUUUCACUCUCUCUAUCCUCUCUAUCUCCUUCUACAUCCUUCUCUUGUCUCCACCUUAGUCUUGUUGCCCUCGACUUACAAUUUACGACAUGUCCAUCAAAACCAUUUCAUUUGCCUUGAUGGCCCUCCUCCCCUUCCUGGCCAACCCUGUUGCAUCUCAGGGACAGAACCCAAUCAACCAGGAUGGUUGUGUGACUAACUACGACCCUAACUUUGAUUACUUUACAAACAAAAUCACCGUGGACAACGCUACUUUGUUUAGUGUCCAUUACGAGCGCAAUUACAAAGUUGUCGUAAACAAUGCUCUCAAGAAGGAGUAUGUCUUGACUCAGUGCGGUACUCCUGUUCCUCCUGCUUCACAAUUCGGUAAUGAGACUGUCUUUGUCAAUAUUCCAGUCAAGAAUGCUGCCUCAACUGCUACAACUGCAGUUGCAUUCAUUGAGAUGCUGGGUAUGCGUUCAGCCCUCAAGGCAGUGGAUACAGAGGGUUUGAUUAGCUCCCCUUGCCUUCAAUACGAUCUCGAGCGUGGCUCCAUCCUUGGUAUUGAGGACAAAGACUUGGCCAAACGUGCGGAUCAGUUCAAGAGUGUUGAUGUUGUCUUUAGCACAUUUGGAUCGGAACCUGGUAUGGAGAACAAGACCGUUAUCACCUCCGAAGUUUCGGAUCCAGGCCCAUUGCACGUUGCAGCGCCAUAGAAUUUAGAACAACACAAUUAAUAAUACUUUG